AGCCAUUCAUAGUUUGAUAGUCAAUCCGUUAGUUUAUCAGCAACAUGGCUGCUUUUAGACAAGGUUCGUUGUUCAUCCCAACAUUUUCACAAGUUCGACAUAAGCGAGUCAACAUUCAAAAACCGAAAGUAGACAGAUUACCCAGACGAUUAUUUGAGGCGUUGGUGAAACCAGUGUUUAAACCAAAAGGCUUAAAACCAGCCGAUAUUUGUGCUGGUAAAACUAUGCAACUUUUACAAGAGACUAAAGAAGUGAAUCCAUACGAAGAGUUUCUGUUUCGUCGAUGUUUAGAGAUGUUUGAAAGGAGAAAAAUGAUAGCCGUGUGUCAGUCACUACCAGGUUCAGCGGAACAAUUUAAAGCGAUCAGAAAUCAAUUAAUCAAUAACGGAAUGAAUCUGGUUCACUUUAAUAAUAAUUUAAUGAGACGGGCUGUAACAGAUUCGAAGUAUGUAAAUAUGUUACCGUUGUUUAUUGGACAUAAUUAUUAUAUUGUAAGUGAUGAUAUUCAAAUAAAGGAAAUGGUCAAAGUAACGAAAAAAACAUCACAACUUCACCUGAUAGGAGCUUUAAUCGACAGCAGAAUCUUAACACGAGAUGAAUUAAUGUCAAUAGCCAAACUACCAGAUAUAGAACAACUACGUGGAGAAUUACUCACCAUAUUAGGACGUAGUGCAUCAAACACUUAUUCCUUAUUAGGAAGUCAUCAACAGACAUUAUCAGUAAAUUUAGAACAAUUGGUUAAACAGAAAAAAACUGAUAGUCAAUCUAAUGUUAAAAAAAGUUGAUCAAUAUUUUUCAAAACUUCGAGGAGUAAAAAAUAUGGAUAGAAAAAACAGGUUGAAUUUUUAUAGUGCUACCAUGUGAACAUUUGAUGAUAGUGAAAUUAAAAAUUGAGAAUCAAA